UUUUGAAAUAAAAGAUUAGUCUGAAUCUCCUUGCUUUUUGAGUCAAACACCAUAUCCCAUCUAGCUACCUGGAAUAUUAUCAAUCUGGUCUCUGAAUAUAUAUUCUAUAUGCAGAGAGGUGUGAAGCAUCAUUGUUUCUGAAGAAAAGGUUGCUCUUUUGAAGCUACCCACUUAGAGGGAGAGGAUUUCUUUCGAUGGGUUGAUUGUCAUUUUUUCUUUACUUGGAUGAAGAAGCUUCAGGUAUGGUUCUGAUGUUAGGGUUCUAGUCUUUUUUUUGUGCACAAAAAUAUUCAAUUUUUCAUCGAAGUUGGAGUGAAUGCCUGUUGUGCCAUGUGUUGAGCUCAGAUUUCUGCACAUGGGUUCUCUGAUUUCAAAGCUCUGAGAGACUGAGACUCUAAACCAGCACAGCAAAACCAGUGGGGGGGUUUUGGGGUUUUCAAGAGAAUCAGUUACAGAGGAAGACAAACCUUACUGGUUUUACACAAAUUUUUAUUCAAGAGCAACAACCCGGCACUUGGGAAUUGGGACGUGAUGUGAGUCUCUGAUUUGAGGGAAAAAAAAAAAAAAAAACUCAAUCAAUUCUUUAUUGGCUCUCUAUUUGCAAGGUGCAACCAGUCCAGGGAUUAUCUGUUAAAUCCCAUUUUAUAUGAUUCGAUGAGUCUCUGCUCAAAUCCUUCCAUGACACACUUUCCUUCUUUGGCUGUAUGUCUGCAGUAGCGGAAGCAGGUGGAGGUGGAGAUUUUUUUUUUUUUGUUUUGGCAUAAAACACUCAAUCUUAUAUUGAAGUGGUGUUGAGAAUCCAAUUAUGAGCUCUAAUUUGUGCUUGUACAAAUACCCACUAUCAUGUUUAAUACUUUCUGUUCCAUUGCUCAUUUUCACUGGUUUUUUGGGAUUUGGGUUUUUGUCCGUCCUUAGUGCAUCUGUGGUAGUGAUUGUGUCAUCUUUAAUCUUCACAUUCACAAAGCAAAAACCAGGCUUUGUGGAUGAAUUAGAAGAGACCCUAAAGUCUGGUUAUGGCCAAAGUUUGCCUCAUAAAGAAGAGAGUUUAGACAGAUUGGCACAGAGUUCUCAAAGUGAAUCUAUCCAAGGAGGAGAAGCUGCAGACAAUGAAGUGCAGACUGAAACUGGGUUUGGUGCAGAGAAAAAGGAAGAAGAAGAAGUGAUUGUGGGUGGGAAUAUUCAUGACUAUUUAGUAAGAUCACCAGCUACUCUAUCAGAGAGUGAGUGUCUAUACAGAUCAUCAACAAGUGAAGAUUCUGAAGUGGACUGGAUAUUUCAAGACAACUUGGAUUGGUCUGACGAUGGAUCUAUUUCUGAUGAGGACAGUCUCAUUGAAAUUGCUCUUCCAAGUGGACAAUAUGUUGGAGAAAAUAAUGAAGUUGCCAAGUUGGAUCCUGAUUUCACAGCAGAGUCAAUGUUGAAGCAACAAUGUCUAGUGGAGCUUUUAGCAGAAUUCAAUGACAUGAAUGAGGAAGAUAACUUGAUUGAAAUCGACAUAUCCAUGGGAUCCAUCAAGUGUUCAAGGUUUGAGAUUGAAGCUUGAAGAUCAUGAGGAGUACUCCUACUCUUCUUCUAUCUGGAAUCGUUGUUGUUUUCACUAUUAAAGUUUUUGAUCCUUUGCGCGGAUUUGGUGUUUAUUAGGGGUAUAAUGUUAAUUCCACUUAAUGGGAUUGAUGAUAUUGUUGUGAAAUAUAAAGCAAUAUUCUUGUGAUCA